AUGCUACUUUUAUUUGCUAUACCAUCAACUAUAUGUGCUCUAUAUUUUAUCUAUAAUGUUAUCAGGAUUCCAACAUUUCGUAAAAGAUUUCAAAAUCAAACAUUAAUUAUUCUUGUUUGUAUUAUUUUAUUGGAUAUAGUUUUGAAUAUUUCAAUAACAAUGAGUUUUUAUGCUCGUGGUUAUGUUGGAAUUCAAACUCAAAGUUUUUGUUAUUAUUGGCAAUUUAUUGAUUAUUCAUUCACUAGUCUUGUUAUCUGGUCUAAGGCAAUAUUUACAUUUGAACGAUAUAUUCUUGUAUUUUAUCCAAAUCUUCUUCGUUCUCAACGAAAACGAUUGAUUUUUCAUUAUGCACCACUUAUAUUAAUAUAUAUAUAUUUAAUUCUAUUCUAUCUAUUCAAUAGUUUCCUUUAUACAUGUCGUAAUAAACCACAGUAUUAUGCACAUUUAUGCGGUACUCAAUGCCUUGAUAACCUGAGUGGUUUAUCAACAUUUAAUUGGAUAUUUAAUAUAUUAUUUCCAGUGUUUGUAAUUAUAUUUGGAUCACUUCUUUUACUCAUACGUGUUUUAUGGACACGACGUGAAAUGCAAAGAAAUUUAAGAAAUUGGUCAAAAAAUUGGAAAAUGAUUGUACAACUGUUAGGCAUUGUUUCUAUGUAUAUGUUUGUUUGGUUACCUCUAUCAAUCGUUUCAUUAAUUACUAUAUUGUCUCAAUCUGUUCCAUUUGUUUUUAGUAGCAUUGAAAAUUAUUUAUAUUUUUCAAGUUAUCUAUGUGAAAUGUGUGUACCCAUGGCAGCUUUAUUUCUUGCACCUGAAAUUAUACAAAAGUUACGUCGACAUAGGCCAUCUAGUAUUAUGGAUAUUGCAUCUGUAACUGUGGCUCAACACUUAUAA